CACCUUGUGUGACCGGCGGGAUUAUUCUGAUCCUGAGCCGAGCGACAUAAACAACACAAUUUUCCAAUAUAAACAUUUUUUUAAUCGGUUUCAUUUCGGGAUUCAUGUGGGAUUUAAUCCGUGGAUGGGAAUUUACAAGAGUUUAAUGGAGUUUCCUGUUCAGAAGACAGAAUAAGUUUCAUUCACAACGGAAAAUAACGGUCCUUUCCUCUGAGCCGUGGCUGAGUGACAGGAGCAUGUGUCCUGUGUUUCUGGUAUUUUGACUGUUGGUCAUUAUGGCGGGGAUCCAGACAUCACCUGCAUUAUGGAUUAGCUCCUCCCACUUACUGAUAAGAUGAUGGCGUCUGUGGUCUCCGAUGGUACCAGGGGGCAGACCCUAAAUCUUAGAGGUGUAGAUCCUGAAACAUGCAUGAUUGUCUUCAAAAACCACUGGGCACAGGUUUUGCGGAUCCUGGAAAAGCACGAGCCGACCCGCACCGGCGGUCAUCUCCGCUCACACCCGAUCUCCGCUGACGAAGCGAGUGCUGUGCAGAACUAUGUGGAGCACAUGCUGUUCCUCCUGACAGAGGAGGAGUGCGGUGUGGGUGGAGCUAUGGGCCCCAUUCUGGAGUUUGUGCUGCUGGAGAACGUGAUGGAGCGCCUGUUUGUGUGGAGCCUCCGGCGUGACUUUACGGAAGCAGCGAAGCUGGAGCAGCUGUGCAUGUACGAGAUGCUGGUGUCCAGGGCGCGGCAGCCGCUGCUCCACCACAAGCCCAUCCUGCGUCCCUUCGCCAUGCUGCUGUCCUCCUGCGGCUCCAGCUCAGCGCCAGUGGAGGCUGAGUUGGUACGACUGCUGCACCGGUUGUGUUGUAUGCUGGCACGUGAUGACACCGCCCUCCAGCUCUUCCUCUUCCACAGUGGGCAGGAUCAAGGUGCCGCCAACUUCCUGCUCUUUUCACUGCUCUUGCCUUUCGUGCACCGUGAUGGGCCGGUUGGUUUGCAGGCACGGGAUGCUCUCGCCCUCAUCGUGGCUUUGUCAGCACAUGACAUCACUGUGGCCAAUCACAUCACCCAGAAUACCUACUUCUGCCCAGUCUUGGCCACGGGGUUGAGUGGUCUGUAUUCCUGGCUUCCAGCUAAGCUUGAGGUCUACGGGGAAGGGUGGCACUGUUUGGAGGAAGCGGAUUGGAUGAAGGUGCCAGCACUCGUCCAGCUCCUCAACUCUCUACACUUCUGUAGCAGCGUGUGUAAGGUUGCCCAUCACUCUGUCAGAAAUCAGCUGCUUGGCUACAUCUAUAACGGUUUCCUUGUCCCAGUCCUGGCUCCUGCCUUACACAAGCUGACUUUGGAGGAAGUGGUGACAACGACUGCGUAUCUUGACCUCUUUUUGCGGCAUAUCUCCGAACCUGCUCUUCUCCAGACAUUCCUCAUUUUCAUUCUCAAGCAUCGUCAUGACAAUGUCAACGUUCUUGAUACACUGGUCAGCAGAAUCAACACUCCUUUUCAGUUAGGAACAGUGUCUCUGGCUCUGUUUCGCACUCUGAUUGGUCUGUACUGUGAGGACGUCAUGCUGCAGCUCAUUCUCAGGUAUCUGAUUCCGUGCUCUCACCUGCAGCGCCAAGUACAUCGUAGACUCAGAGAGCGAGACUGCUACUCCUCCAGUGCUGCAGCUUUUCUCUCUCUCACUCCUUCAUUUCUCAUGGCUGGACCCUGCACCUCUCCAACACUUCCCCUUAAACCAGACUAUAUCCUCUGGUCAAAGGUAACCGAAGGACUGCUAAUGGGCAACACAGGGUUUGAAGACCUUUUCCUGGGUGUGGAUGCUUUCGGAAACUCCCGCUGGAUAAACUCCGAGCCACUGAUGUACCAAAACUACCUCCAGUACCUGAGUGACGCACGUGGCAUCAUCAGCACCAGCGUGCAGGCUUGUCAAGUAUGGUCUGCCCCUUACGACGGACUCAAUCCCUCACCUGAUGAGCACCAAGGAGAGGAGGAAGAGGUCCAGGAUGGAGACAGGUAUGAAGAUGAGUGUCCACCUCUCACCACUCCUCCACUUCAGCCCCCAUCCUUGCACCACACUAGUUUGAGUCAGACACUAGAGCUGGAGUGGGACGACAGUUAUGAUGCCGCUCCGGAUGGACCGGAAAACCAAAAUUUUCAAGUUGUAGAACAUCUGCAACCUCCGCAACACAUUCAGGACAUGCGCAAAAGUGCAAUCAUGCUGAUCCGUGGGUCUUACAUUGAAGAGUCUGAAUUCCAGGACGAUGUAUUGGUUUAUAAUCUCAUUGCGCAGAGGGAUGCACAAGAUGAACAGGUUGCAUCCUUAAGGAGUCCAAACGACAACACGAUACAAACAGAAACAAACAACAACACACAGCUUUACACCAGCAGUAGUACAAACAAGAUACAGCAUCACAAUCAGCAAUCAGAAGAAGCUUCAUUUCUUUUAAACGGAAAUGCCGACGAGAAGAAAACGGACCAAUCGAACGAUAAAUCCACGAACGUCGACCAGAAUAAGAGCAUGGUUUUAGAAGAGCAAGUUUUUAGUCAGGAUGUGUCCAACAUCUCAUCUGUGGAAGGUACUGGAGAGGAUUUUAUUUCCCACUGCCUCCAGCUGAUUGAAUGGGAUAAUGAGAGCAUACUGGGAGAUAACGUUUAUUUCGAAAGACUGACCGCGCUGUUGUACGACGAAGAACCAGAAAUUGACUUUAAUUCAAUUUGCACUGAUGAUGAAGAUGACGAUGAGAGGGAUGAAGUAGCAGAGCAGAAACACAGCGAUGGAAAGAAACGUGUCCCGUUUACAGGCCCUUUCAUCAGUGUGCUGCUCUCUCGCCUGGAGAACAUGCUGGAGAAUUCCGUGGCGGUGAACCUGCUGGUGACGGGAAUCCUGGCUCAGCUGGCAGCAUAUCCACAGCCCCUGCUGCGCUGCUUCCUGCUCAACACACAAGCCAUCUUCCAAACCAACGUCCGCUCUCUCUACAAGGUGCUGGUUUCUGUGGGUUGCCAGAUUGAGCACCAUGCAGCCUCCAGGCCUGAAUUUCCUCAGAUGGUACGAGAUGUCGCUCAGUAUCUGCUGCUCAGAGAUGAAGCCCUAAAGGAUAGAGAGCGGGAUUUCCUGCAGGAAAACGGACUUGGCUGGGUCCUCAACGGGCACGUCUCCGGGCGGCUGCUGAAAUCUCUUCCACCGUGUCCCAAGAUUCCUCCUCAGUCCAGGAACAGAGUGUUUGCCACAUUCCUUUACGCUGAGUUCCUGAAAGAGCUGGCAGCCAUCGCACAGGAACACUCCAUACGCCCGGACUAACCCCUGGAGGAGUAGGAAGACGAAAAAAACAACCCAAAACCUCAGAAUUAAACAAGUGUACAAAUUCUUUCUGAUGCUGGGACAAAAUCUUUCUUUUUUUUGUAUUUUAUUUAGAUAUUUCUUUAUUCCAGCACUCCUUGUAAUUCUUCAUCUGAUCAGUGUUGCUUGUUGUCAAAAGUCAUCUAGAUCAUUCAAGGUACAAAUUAAAGGUGCAGUCUGUCAUUUUUUUUAAGUCUUUAUCUACAUAUACUAAUCACAUCAUUUGGUAGAUACAGAUACCUUAGAAAGAAUUGCAUUCACAAUAUUACCCCUGAAGUGUUUUUUUCUUCACAUUGUUUUUUUUUUCAGCCCAAUAACUGCCUCAGACGAAACCCAGCUACUUAGCUACAUCUCUUUUUCCUAUAGGGCCACUCUAAAUGUUUAGUGAAAGAAGUUCUGGUAGUAGUGUUUUCAUCACAAAUGUAAUUCACCUCAAAGAUCUCAGAAAAAAACCCAACCUGCCCCUUUAAUGGCCUUACUACUGUACACUGUUGGUGUCCAUGAUACUAGCUUGGGGUCGUGGAGUCGAUGAUGCUCUAGUUGUUUGCUUUGUUUUUGUGUGUUGUAUGUAUUUAUAAAUGCACUUACACUAGUUCUAUAUGUUUGUAAUAUGUAUUUUUAUUUGUACUUUUGUUGUAUGACGUUCUGUGUAUUUUGGAGAGUAAACCAGACAAAUACCU